AUGGCAGUAUUUCGAGUUGAAAAUACCAAUGUGACUGCCCCUCCAGUGAAUAACAACGAUGAAAUAACGCUGUACCAAAUUGGCCGGUACAUCAGCUCCAAUGAAGCAGUUUGGCGUAUCUUUGGUUUCCCAAUUCAUGAACGGGAUCCAACCGUUAUUCAUUUAGCCGUCCAUCUUGAAAACGGUCAGCGCGUAUAUUUCACGAACGAGACAGCGAUUGACAGAGCUAUAAAUCCACCAAAAACUACACUCACCGAAUUUUUUGAAUUGUGUAAUCGUGCUGAUGCUUUUGGUGCUUUUGCACGGACAUUACUUUACUCAGAAGUACCACACUAUUUCAUAUGGUCUCAAACAAAAAAAUGGAUACCCCGCAAGCAAGGCACACCGGUUGAAGCAUGUCCCGGUUUAUUCAAAUCAAACGCCUUGGGGAGAGUAUUUACAGUCAAUCCAAGGCAGACUGAGUGCUUUUAUCUUCGACUGUUGUUGGUUAAUGUCACCGGCUCAUUGUCAUUUCGCGAUAUACGUAAAGUCGAUGGGCAUCAGCAUCCAACGUAUAAAGAUGCAUGCCUUGCACUCGGCUUGCUGGAAGAUGACAACCAGUGGGAAUGUAUGCUUGCUGAAGCAGCAUUGAACUGUACUGCUAAGCAAAUUCGUGUACUAUUCGCUAUAGUAUUAACUACAUGUUUCCCGGGCAGAAUAGAAACUUUAUGGGAUAAUCACAAAGAUUCGAUGACUGAUGAUAUACUGUAUCACCAUCGCACACGUUGUAACGAUCUAACGAUAGCAUUCAGCGAUGCUAUGUACAAUGAAGCACUGAUUGCUAUUGAGGAUCUUUGCAUUACUAUUGCCAACUUGCCUCUCAGUCAUUUCGGUAUGCUUUCGCCAAAUCGAAGUGCAUCUGAUUUUUUAAACAAUGACAUGAAUCGUGAACUUCAUUACAAUACAGUAGAAAUGGCAGCUAUUCCGCAUUAUGCUCGCAGUUUCGGCAGGUCAAGGUGGAUUUUUUUUUUGGAAGCACCAGGUGGAACUGGCAAAACAUUUAUUAUUUCGCUAAUUCUCGCUGAAAUACGAUCAAAUAAUGGCAUCGCGUUGGCCGUUGCAUCAUCUGGCAUUGCGGCAACUUUAUUGGAUGGAGGCAGAACAGCUCAUUCAGUAUUUAAGCUGCCACUAAAUAUUCAAAACAACCCGGACGCAGCGUGCAGCAUAAAAAAGCAAUCGUCUAUGGCCACAGUGUUGAAACACUGUAAAAUUAUCAUCUGGGAUGAAUGCACAAUGGCACACAAACAUUCGCUUGAGGCGUUGAAUAGGACAUUGAAAGAUAUAAAGAACAAUGACAAAUUAUUUGGCGGCACUCUGCUACUCCUUUCAGGUGAUUUCAGGCAAACACUUCCCGUCAUUCCGCGUUCAACGUACGCUGAUGAGAUCAAUGCUUGCUUGAAAUCAUCUCCACUGUGGUAUAAUGUUGAAAAAGUUCAACUAACAGUAAAUAUGCGAGUCCAAAUGCUUCAGGAUCCAUCUGCUGAAACAUUCUCAAAACAAUUGCUAGAUAUCGGUGAUGGAAAAGUUACCAAGGAUGAGACAGGAUGCAUAAAAUUACCGGAGGAUUUCUGCACAAUCAUUGAUUCAAAAGAUGCUCUCAUUAACCUUAUAUUUCCCGAUUUACACACGCAAUACAUUAAUCAUGAGUGGCUUGCAGAAAGGGCGAUUUUAGCAGCAAAAAAUGUGGACGUCAACGAAUUGAAUCUGAAAAUACAACAGUUAUUGCCAGGUAACAUGGUGACAUACAAAUCCGUUGAUGCAGUUUGCGAUCCUAUGGAAGCUGCAUAUUUUCCAACAGAGUUUUUAAAUUCAUUGGAUUUACCAGGCAUGCCACCGCAUAAUUUAGUACUUAAAGUUGGAUCUCCUGUUAUUUUGCUUCGUAAUUUGAACCCACCACAGCUGUGCAACGGCACGCGAUUGGUCGUUAAAAAAUUAAUGAACAACGUUAUCGAAGUCAUUAUUUUAAAUGGAAAAUUCCGGGGUGAAAGUGUAUUACUUCCACGAAUCCCUAUUAUACCCACAGAUGUGCCAAUUCAAUUUAAACGCAUUCAAUUCCCCAUUAGAUUGGCAUUUGCAAUGACUAUUAAUAAAUCUCAAGGCCAAACAAUGUCUGUUUGUGGCUUAGAUUUGAGCACACCAUGUUUUUCACACGGACAAUUAUACGUGGCAUGCUCUCGAGUGGGUAAACCAUCCAGUUUAUUUGUGUUAGCAAAAGACGGAAUGACAAAAAAUAUUGUACACUCCAUUGCACUAAGAGAUUAAUAUUGUUUACUAAUAUUUUCAGAAUUAGUUGUAUAUAUAAUUUAUAAAAAAAAGUUACAAUAAAUUUAAAAAAUUAUUA